ACUUUGACGUCUGCCUUUAUCGUCGUGUGGGGUCAUAUGAUACUGUCAUUCAGAGGAAUAGGAAAAUUGUAAAUUAUCAUCAUAUAUUGUUUCUAUCAAAAUUUGUAACGUGCCUUAUAUAUGCACAAGUGAGUUAAAAUAACAUUAAUCUUAAAACAGUUUCGUAUAUUGAGCAACAAUGUCAUUUUUUGGAGUGAAUGUUAAUCCGUUUUCAACACCAGUAGGCCAGAAGAUAGAGCAAGCUACAGAUGCUAAUUUGGCAAGUGAGAAUUGGACACUUAACAUGGAAAUAUGUGAUAUUAUAAAUGAAACGGAGGAUGGGCCAAGAGACGCAAUUAAAGCAAUUAAGCGUAGGCUCAAUCAUGCUGCAGGGAAAAAUUAUAUUAUAGUCAUAUAUACCCUUACUGUAUUAGAAACAUGUGUAAAGAAUUGUGGAAAACGCUUUCAUGCUCUUGCUUGUUCGCGUGAAUUUGUACAAGAAUUGGUUAAAUUAAUUGGACCAAAAAAUGAACCACCAACAGAGAUACAAGAAAAAGUUUUAAGUCUGAUUCAAACAUGGGCAGAAACAUUCCGUCAUCAACCACAUACUCAAGGUGUUGUGCAAAUGUAUCAAGAACUGAAAGUAAAAGGCAUACAAUUUCCAAUGACUGACUUAGAUGCCAUGGCACCCAUUAUUACUCCAGAAAGAAGUGUACCCGAGUCGGAACAGAGUAUUAUAAAUGUGCCUACAACCGAACAGCAAUCGGUAACUCCUUUAGCAACGCAAAUUCAACAACCUCAAAAUCCAUCAUCGGGACAAGUAGUUCAGUUGAACGAACAACAAUUGGCUAAAUUACAAAGUGAACUUGAUGUCGUACAAGGAAAUAUGCGUGUAUUAUCCGAAAUGCUGGCAUAUUUUACAAGCUCAGAUCAAAGCAGUAAUCAACAACCAGACGCUGCAGAUCGUGAACUUUUAACUGAUCUUCAUGCUACAUGUAAAGCGAUGCAAGUACGAGUUGUUGAUUUAAUUGGAAAGUUAGCACACGAUGAAAUGACAGCAGAAUUAUUACGUAUUAACGAUGAAUUAAAUAAUUUGUUUCUGCGUUAUUCACGUUACACGAAAAAUAAAGCCGUAGCUGCUAGUACUAUUUUAGCGCAAACAAUCGGUCAUCCACAAAAUAUGGAUUCUACUUCAUCGACUACUAAACAGGAAGCUGAUUCUCUUAUAGAUUUAUUUGAUGAAACUGAUGCUUUGGAAAAGCAAAUGACAGGAAUGGGUAUAUCUGAGAACGGUGAUAAAAGUAGGAUAGAUCGAAAAGAAAAAAAGGAAGGCGACAGUGAUGAAUUUGAUAUGUUUGCUCAGUCACGCAAUGCAUCUUAUGAAACUACAAAGAACAGUGGUAGCAAAUAUGAGGACAAUUUGGAACAGGUGAGCGGAGGAAGUCUCAAUACAGCGAUUCUCAAUCGCAAUAAUCCUAAAAAUCCCCAGCAGACUGCUUCUACAGUUGCUUCUACUACUGCUACUUCUCUGAACCGGGAAUCUGAAUUUAAUGAAAUGGCAGCCUGGUUAGAUCAUACGCCAGGAGCACACGGUGAUCAAGAAUCUCUAACAUCGUCCGAAUUUGAACGUUUCUUAGCAGAAAGAGCUGCUGCGGCUGAAGCUUUACCAUCCCUGCCUACAACAACUGCUGCCACUGGAAGUACUACAAAUUCUGGCAACUCAAAUAUUCAACGCCAAAUUAAUAAAGAUCAAGAUAAAUCUUUAUUUGCUCUUUAAGUACUGCUUUAACAUUUAAGUUUCUUACAAAAUGUAGAAAUUAAUAUUGGGUUGAUACGAUCAUUAGAUACCCCUGUCUAAGAGAUCAAUGUUUCUAAUAACACUUAAAAUUAGAGCACUGACAAAAUGAAUUAGGAAUAAAGAAAAAGAAAAGGAUAAGGGAAGGGAACGUGCUUUGCGCUUACAUGUACUUAAGAAUGUAAUUGACACUACACGAUCGUAAAUUAGCAUUUCUGCAUGUUGUAAAAAUUUAAUAACAAUGAAUAACUUAUUUUACAACUAAAAUAAUCGUUAUGCGUAAACAUUAUAUAAUACUGAUUUAGGAAUACUAAUUUAUGUUAUAUGUAUAUAAAGAACACAUUGUAUCCAGAAUAACAUUUAUAUCACAAUGUGUUAUAUCAUGCCUUGAAGCUAUAUAAAAAUUAUAAUAUAAUUGCAUUUUUCAAAUUUGCAGAUUCAAAUGCAA